AUGAAGGAAUUACUCGACACUAACCGUGUCAACUAUCUCAUCUGGAGGUACUUAUUGGAGUCAAAUUAUCGGGAAACCGCCGCCAAGCUGCAAAAGGAGUGGCGGAUCCAAACGCCUCACAGGCAUUUUGACUAUGCUCCGCACGUCAAGACGUAUGCAUUGGUGAACCUUCUCAACAAAGGCCUUCAGUUUGAAGCGUAUGAGAGACAGUUUGCUGAGCAAAAGGUAUGGUGGCCCGAUUUCAUUGUUGUUGUGAAAUUGACUCGACCUGCGCCUCGUGAUGUGCCGGCAACGGCCGAGGCGACACCGCGUGGGGUGUUUGGACCGCUCAAGUUCCAGCCCGACGUGAUGGAGGUGGAGGAGGAUGAGGUGGAGGAGGAGGCAGAAGAAUCCGAGGAUGCAGAGUACGAUGAAGACAUCGAGAACCCAAGAAAGCGCGCGGUCGACCGGCAUCUCGCCGUGUCGCAUGGGUCGCCCGCUAAGCGGCAGAGACUGAGCAACGGCUACGACAACGGGGCGGAUUCUGCCACAACCCCCAUGGAAAUUGACCACCACCACCACCACCACAACGGCGCGGAAAACAACCACGCCUACCCAUCGCCCCUGGAGGGCGAACAGGCCGCAUCACCAAUCCCUCACACUGAGGGGCCCUCGCGGGGCACACAGGUUGACGACACACGGGACCUCACCCAAGACACGGUGUUUCUGCGACUCGGCGCCGAUGAUUCCACAGAAGCUAGCGAAAACCCUAUCGUGCUCAUCAGCAAGUGGAACCCCAAAGACCCAUCAAUCUUGGCGACUGGCGGGACCGAUGCGCUAGCCCGCAUUUGGACGCUUCCGCGUGGAGCCGCCCCAGACGCCGCCCUGCCAGAUCACGUGGACACAGCCCCUCGGUACCUCCAUCUUGGUGAUGACCUCCCCAAUGAUUCAACCGUCACCUCCAUGGCAUGGAGCUCCAAUGGCGCUCUUAUCGCCCUCGGGAUUGAGAUAGGAAACAAGUCCCGUCUUGGUGUGUGGGCUGCCGAUGGUACCAGUGCCUACCGUUUCGAAGGCCUCGACUCCCCCAUCACCAACCUCUGCUGGAGUCCCAAUGACAAGUUCCUUUUGGCCAUCUCACCGGAUAUGACCAAUGGACUGGAGAACCCCCGGACUCUGAUCCAGGUUUCGUCUCCGACCACGGUGAAUCCAAUGUCUCACAUCCUCAACUACGAUAUUCACAGCUACCCCGUCGAUGCCACAUGGAUCGGCGAGAGCUCUUUUAUUCUCUGCGGUCAAGGCAUGUUGACUGCCUUCCGAUGCACUGAAAAGGAGGUUGUUCAGAUCGGAGAGUUUGAAACACGCAAGGACGAGCGAUUCCAGUAUGUCAAGUUCGACUGGCGUUCUAGCCUUGUUGCCACUGGCAGCGAAGCGGGUUUCAUUGAUAUUUGGGAUGAGUCCAGUAGGCGGCGUUCGAUAAAAGCCCAUGACGGCGCUAUCACCGCUAUGCAGUGGCAACCGCUGCAAGCGGACCCUGCGGAGGGCGAGAGGCUGUUGGUGUCAUGUGGCAUCGAUGGCGGCAUCUUUGUCUGGAACGUACUUGGAGGCCUGGAGAAUAGGCCGAAGUACUCGAUCACCUUGGAUUCACCCCUUGCAGCAAAUAGCCUCGCCAUUAGCCCCGACGGAUCGCACAUCGCUGUAGCAACACAUGACAGAAUCUUGAUAUGGAAGCUUGGUGAACAUCAAGUCCCUAAAGCCGGCUGGAUGCCGAAUACUGGGUGGCAGACCCCCAAGACGGGAUCCGACUCGGGUGAUUCCUUGCCAUUCUUGGAGUGGGACUGCGAGGGCAAGAGACUGGUUCAUGGUUUGGAUAACCGACUCGCUAUCAUUAACUUCCGGUAGAAGGGGCUUUCGGACCUACGAAUACGCAACGACAUGCCGCUUUCUUUCCCAAUGAGAGAUGGCGCUGCCCCAGAUCCUAUUCGACUGGGGCGCUUGGGCGAAUAGGCUGCUCUGUGUGAGGUUUGGGGGGCCGUCUGCUCGAUCAACAUUUGCAACGAUGCCUAUAGGAUUGGAUUCCUGAGCGCGGAGCCCCUAGCGGGAGUUUUCGAAUGGCAACCUCCGACCUGUUAGUAUUACGUGUUCCCCGGGACGUACAGGAAGCGGAAUUCCCGAGAAUCGACGAGAAGCGGACCGGUAUCAACAUGAACUGAGGAGGCCGGAGAAACGACCAGUCAACGAUACACCGAAUUGAUGCCCAGCACUAGAAGGCAUUGGUCAUCUACCAGUCCCUGUAUGCGCUUGAUCAAACCUUACAAGGACCUGUACACGACCAGUUCGAUUAUUGCUGGAGCACAACCCGCCUACAUGCCGUGCCGACAACCAGAAAAGUAUCGAGCCAAGAAACAAGCCCAGUAUCGGAGACAUGCCUCUCAUCAUCCCCGACAUGGAUGAGCAGUAGGGCGCUUUGGGGUUGAAAUCACCCGGCCCAAAACAGUGGGCAGUUUGGGGCUCUUCGAGUCCUGUCGUAAAGAAUAAAGCCAGAGAGAUAUUACAGCAUGGGCGGGAAAAAUAAAAAGACGGUGACGCUGCCAGUACACAUCGGCAACGGUGCGUUGGAAUGGGGGUGCGAACUAAACUUACCAAAAAUAAAUGCAUGCUUUUUGGGAGAAAAGGUUGGGGCUAAACAUACAUGCGAUGAUAUUUGAAUAGUGGAGCGAUGGGAAUGAUUUGGUUUAGAGCGUGGUUUUGGCUAGUCAACAUUGAAAGCUUUAUAACGAUAUACAGGUCGAGCGACGAUUUUCUUUUUGUCGUGGUUUACAUAGUAUGCUAUCUUGGAGUAGUGUGGCAUCUAGCAGGCAUCUAACAAUAGAAACUUGACAUUACUGCGUUCUCU